AUGAAAUCGAAAAUUUCUUCGCCCACCUCAGACUCGUGGCUGCAUCUCUCUACUCUGCGGAUUGGCACGGUCACGUCACUCUUUUCUUAUAUCUUUCCCGUCGCUCGUUCUUCCUCUGUGAAGGAACCUGUUAACUGGCGUAGGCCGCUUGCUCAACAGGCCUGUGUUCGCUGCUCACUUACACCCUUAGAUCACUCGUUCGCUCUCGUCAUGCCUCGUCAGUCGCAGCACGACAUCCCCCAUGGGUUGGAAGGAUACGUGCCGUAUGAAAUCCAAGACGAUCGGCAGGCGAGUUUCUACAACAGACCUUGGCACAUCGCUAAGAUUGCUCUUCGUGGCUGCAACAUCGUCUUCAGCAUCAUCGUUAUUGGUCUCACAGCACACGCUGCAGCGUGGCUGUGGUAUUGGUCCCCGUACUUGCUCUGGUUCGGCGCAUUUCCGGCUGCGUUCGCCAUCUGCUGGGACUCGGCCGAGCUCAUCACUAUCUGCGCGAGAGGAGGCAGAAGGGGAAUCCACCCCGGUGCACAUGUCGGCCUGCACCUGGUCUUCUGCCCAGUCCUUGCAGCAGGAAUUGCAUUCGAGUCUCUUCAACUUUGGUUCAGUGGCUAUCCCGAUUCAUGGUACGGCGGAGACUCCAUCGCCACAAAGCAGCACGCCGCAUUGGCGUUCACCUGCCUGUUGUUUCUCAUUCAUUUUAUCCUCUUCGUCCGAGCCUGUGUCGAGACUCACCAGCGCAACUCCCGUCCUCCCAUUUACAUGGUUCCUAUCAACACGCCGACGCCACUGCAAGCCGCUGGAUCAAAUGCGGCUUUCCUGUGUCCGCCGCAGCAGACUCAACGUGCCCCGAAUCAUCAGAGCAGGGAAAUGACGGGUGCCAACGGCACAGAGACAAUGAUAUCGGAUGGGCCAGACGGGACGUACUAUGGCCUUGGAGCCCGGGCCUAAGGGGAAUGCCGUACCGCAAACGACUAUAGCGGACGUUUUGGCUGUAUUGGAGGCCCGGUGUUCAGAGUUAAGGUCAUGGAUUGGCCGGACCAGGGCGCUUGCGAAUCAUACAAGACAAACGCACAUUUAAUGCUAAUGAAAUCCCUAACGUGACACCAGUGGCCCUUAGGAUGAACUCAUCCUCCAGCCUAUGCUUUGGUCCUAGUACCUAGUUGUGUUGUUGGGAAAACAUCCUUCAGCCGGUAGAUUGAUGUUUAGUCUGCCUCGGUUUCCGACAUCACAGGCUCGCAAAGGUCCAUCAAGGGAAGAGAAUUAAAACGUAUUGGCGAUGAAUGCAUGAAGUUCUGGUCAAUAUUAGUCAGGCUUCGGGAAUUGUUUUACAACCAGCCUUAAUACGGCGGCGGCCCUUGUGCUCGAUUCAGUCUCUAGAGAC